AUGAAACGCACAAUUUCUGCUGGUCCAAGGCGUCGAGGCACGCCUUGGAGUCGUCGAAGACCGGUAGAAGAGUACGAUAUACCGGACAAAUUGGAUCAUAAAGCGUUAUGGAAGUUGUACAUGCUGCACAAGUCACAAUGCUUUCUGCAUUGUGUUCCAAAUCCAAGGACAAAAAAUUGUCGUGACAAUCCGUAUUGCUUGGAGCGUUUGGGCUCCGAGAAGUGGGAUAAAUUGGUGCAGAAAAUGGUGAAAGAGGGGAAAUCAAGUGAAAAAUCGAGUAGUCGACGAGAAGUGUCAACGAAACCAUGCGGUCUGGUGAAUUUGGGCAAUUCAUGCUAUUUGAAUAGCUUUUUGCAGAAGAGUUCAUUUGUGAUCGUGCCGAAUGCAUCAUUUCAGAUAUUCUUCAGUGAUCCAGUCUUUCGUAAAUUUAUUUAUGAAUGGCGCCCAGUCGAGAAUUUCAUUAAACCGGAAUGUGAGAAAAUCAACGUUGAGGAGAACGGUCACAAGAAAAAAGUGCAGUCAGCACUGCAAUAUCCUCGCAUAUUGGAGAUUUGUGGUGUUGGAUACGAUAUUUGUGCGGUGAUGAUCCACGAAGGGCCGAAUGCGGACUGUGGGCAUUAUUAUGAUCUGAUUAAACACCCGGUCACUAAACAGUGGUUUACCUAUAAUGACGCUUAUGUAAUACCAUCGCAAGCACCCGGUGUAUCGACCGAAAAGGAGCGCAUUUCGAAGGUGACACCAGAUAUGAAAGGUUGUUAUGCGUUGGUGUAUAGGCAGCAAAGUGAGGCUGACGUUACCAUACCAGACGUUCCGGAGCAUAUUGAACAGAUGAUCGCUUUGAAGAUAAAAGAUGGUGCGUCAAUGGCAUCACAUCCGCAAGAUGUGCUCUUUUUACCGACAAAACUUUUGAGCGAAGUGCAGGCAAGAGAAUUCGAAGCAGUUGCUGAGAAAAAGGACGAUAGUGAGAUGUUGAAGAAAGUUGAGGAGCAGGAGGACGAUGAAGAUGAUGAUAUGAAGUUUAUUGAGAUCGAAGAAAAACCGGUGGAUGUGGCCAAUAUGUACAAGAUGAAAUCAAUCGGUUCGAGUUCGUAUGCACUCUGCAAUCACGGUCGUUUGCCGGUGGACAGUACACGAAAUGGUAUCGUUAAGGCAGUGAACAGGAAUGCUGCGAAUCAACUGAUUAAAAGAUAUAAUAUUCAAGUGAAGUGCUCUUCGUCAUCUUCGUACAGCAAUAAUUCAGAGCAACUGAUCAAAAAUGGGAAUGACGUCUGUAUGGAGUGCAUGCAGGAUGUGAAGCGUGAGAUUGAGUUCGUGUCAACAUUUGAAUCGAAGGAGAAGUUGGCACGGCAGUUGCUGAGGGAAAAAUCGAAAAGGUAUUACCAUGCGGAUGACUGUUAUUGGGUAUCCGUUCGCAGUCUGCAGCAGUAUCGCAGACUGGUGAUACGCGCUCGAAAGGAACGCGAAUAUCCGAUUAUGGAACCGACUGAAAUCACUUUCUCGGGCUCAACAUCGCAACCCAAUGACGGCAUGCAUGUGAAGUGUGAUAUCGAGAUGAUAAACGCUGAUGCGGACUCGAGUGCAGUCACAAAUGCUGAACGAAGCACUGUGGCCGCCGAGGUGAUUGCAUGCAAACCGUCCACUUCGCAGUCUGAACAGAAAGCUGCAGAUUCCGAUGGUGAAAUGACCAAAAAAUUGAACGAAUUCAGUUUUCCAGAUGAUUCAUUUACGGAUUCAAAUAGUAAUGAUAAUAAACAUAACGGUGAUAAGGAGGAUGACGAGAAUUUGGAAUGCCAAAUGGAAUGUGAUGAUGCCGAUAAUAAGCCAUCGUCUUCAUCAAAUGAUAACGAUAAGUUGAAAAUAAGUAAUGUGUCAUCAUCGAUGAAUACAAAACUAUUAGAGGAUGAUACAACGCAUCGAACAGUGGCUGUAAAGAAAAGGAGAGUGGAUUCUGGAGAAGCGAAUGGGGCACUUGAAGAGUCAUCAGCGUCUGUGAAUGUUAACGGAACAGUGCAAAAAGACGGUCGUAAUGAAAACGUUAAAGAAAGUGAACAGAAGAAUAUCAACGGAGACAUGGACGAUGUUGGGUGUUGUUCGAAUUCGAGGCCAAAUGAUCGAAAAAUAAAGAUUGAUAAUGACAGUGAAAAUGAUAAUGAUAAAGUGGUAUCAAGCGAUCAAACGAGUCCGUCGGCUCGUCCGAAUAGUGCUGGCAGUGACAAGGCGACAGAUACUGACACGAUGAUUUCGAGUGUGAAUGAGUGUUGUGUGCAGUUGGAUGUGGAAGUGGACAAUGGUAUGACAAUGAUUGAUGGCGACGAGGGCAGUGAGUCGAUAUCGCCGAACUAUCGGCCGAAGUCAGCAUCGAGUCGAUCCGGUCAAGAUAAAGAUUCUAAUAACAAUCGGGCAGACGGAUGCUGCAGUGUUGACGAUGAAGCGACGUUUGAAAGCUUCGAUGACGGCGAUGAUCGCAAACCGGUGAUGUUCAACGGGGAGUUGAAAUGUAUCCAUGGCAAAUUUGAUUAUGCAACGUCAGUGAACACUGAACGACGCAUCGUUGUGGACGCGAUUGAAUGGCAUACGUUAGUGGAUGGAAUCUUCGACAAGAAUCAACUGUUCACGUUGAGCACUGAUCAGCUGCCUUGUGCGCAAUGCGAAUGCAUUUUCAACUGUAAACAAACAGAACGCGAUGGUAUGCAGCGUCGGGUACAGAAGAUGCGAACGUUAAUCGGUGAUUUGCUGAAGAAUAUUUCGAAACGACGGGGAAUUGGGACGGUGGCUGGAGGGGUGGUUGUGCCAGACGGUAGUGAACAGAAGCGGAACGUUUAUUCGAGGGUGAUUUGCGGAACGUUCUUGAAGAAUAUCCUGAUGAGAUUCAAGGCUGGAAACGCACGUGAUCCGAAUCCACCAGCAAUCUGUCAAGAAUGCAUCCUUUGUGAUGAGCAUCAUUUACCCUGUGUUCCACUAGCGGCGGACAAUAUGGCAGUACCCGUAACGUUGGAUGAAUGGAAUAAAAUCACGACAACUCUCGGACAAAAUGAAGAGAAUUUGUUCGUGAUUGCAUUGAAAAAUGAUGAAUAUGAACAAUUUUGUCAGUCGUGUUUCGAGAAGCGACGUGAAGAAGAAGAUCUACAGCGUUUUGUGUUCAAAUCAGGCGAAAUAUUCGUGAAAUUGAAAAAUGAUGAGAAUGAAGAACCACCAUCGGCAAAAGUCAGUAAUAGCAGUAGUGUGAAUGGAGGAGAAUAUGAAACUACGAUGAAUAAUGGAACAAGCAGUGAGGUGAUCAGUGAAGCGACCCAUCAGCAGCAGCAGCAGCAGUUAUCACCUCUUCUGUAUAACGCACCGUCAACGAGAAGAGCUCUGGCGAAAAGUUGUAUGCGAUUUAGGAUGGCUUCAACGGACACCAUAAUGCAGUUGAAGUUGAAAAUCUACGAGAAAAUCGGUCAAAUGCCGAAUGAUCAGUUGAUUUAUAAGAAUGAAAGACUUCUCUGUGAUACG